GAGAAGAGUUUCAAGAGCAAGGCAUGCAACAAUUGCAACAUAACUAGCAAAAAAAUGGACCUUCUCCUAAAUUGCCUAAACCUUAACACCAUUGCUAUUGCAUCAAUCCUUUCUCUAAUCUUCUUAUGUUUGUUUCUAUAUCGUAAAAAUUCUCGUGGGAAAGAUGCUCCAGUAGUGUCUGGUGCAUGGCCAAUACUUGGUCACCUCUCAUUGCUGAAUGGUUCACAAACACCACAUAAAGUGUUGGGUGCUUUGGCUGACAAGUAUGGACCCUUAUUCACCAUCAAGCUCGGUAUGAAACCGGCUUUGGUACUCAGCAACUGGGAAAUGUCUAAGGAAUUGUUCACCACAAACGACCUUGCCGUUUCAUCUCGCCCUAAACUCGUCGCCGUUGAAGUCAUGUCUUACAACCAAGCCUUUGUUGGCUUGGCACCGUAUGGACCCUAUUGGCGCGAGUUACGUAAAAUUGUCACGUUCGAGUUUCUCUCCAAUCGAAGAAUCGAACAACGGAACCACAUUCGUGUCUCCGAAGUUCGAACUUCGAUUAAAGAGCUAUUCGACAUUUGGUCGAAUGGAAAUAAGAACGAGUCUAGGUAUACUCUGGUGGACAUAAAACAAUGGUUGGCGUAUUUGACAUUUAACAUGGUUGUGCGAAUGGUCGUUGGGAAGAGGUAUUUUGGUGUCAUGCACGUGGAAGGCAAAGACAAAGCGCAAAGGUUUAUGAAGAAUAUUAGGGAGUUCAUGAAUUUGAUGGGGACUUUCACGGUGGCAGAUGGGGUUCCUUGUUUGAGGUGGUUGGAUUUGGGGGGUCAUGAGAAGGCUAUGAAGGCAAACGCUAAGGAAGUUGAUAAAUUAUUGAGUGAGUGGUUGGAGGAGCACCGUCAGAAGAAGCUUUUAGGUGAAAAUGUUGAAAGUGAUAGAGACUUCAUGGACGUGAUGAUUUCAGCACUUAAUGGUGCACAAAUCGGUGCGUUUGAUGCUGAUACCAUAUGCAAAGCCACAAGCUUGGAAUUGAUUUUGGGAGGAACUGAUUCAACAGCUGUUACUCUUACAUGGGCACUUAGUCUUCUAUUGCGAAAUCCUCUUGCAUUGGGAAAGGCUAAAGAAGAAAUUGAUAUGCAAAUUGGCAAAGAUGAAUAUAUACGUGAGUCAGAUAUAAGCAAACUUGUGUAUCUUCAAGCUAUAGUUAAAGAGACACUAAGAUUGUAUCCACCAGCCCCUUUUUCAUCACCUCGUGAAUUCACAGAGAAUUGCAUCCUAGGUGGAUACCACAUCAAAAAGGGAACUCGACUUAUCCAUAACUUGUGGAAGAUCCACAGGGACCCUAGUGUUUGGUCAGACCCAUUGGAAUUCAAACCAGAAAGGUUCCUUACCACUCACAAAGAUGUUGAUCUAAGGGGUCACAAUUUUGAGUUGUUACCCUUUGGAAGCGGGAGAAGAGUUUGUGCUGGAAUGUCCCUUGGCUUAAACAUGGUUCAUUUCACUUUGGCUAAUUUAUUGCAUUCCUUUGACAUCUUGAAUCCAUCGGCUGAACCUGUAGACAUGACUGAAUUCUUUGGAUUUACCAACACCAAGGCUACUCCACUUGAGAUUUUGGUCAAACCACGUCAGUCUCCCAACUAUUAUGAAACUUUAUAACCCUUAUGUCAGUCGUGUGAUCCUUAUUGUUCUUUUUCAAAUCGUGGUUUGUCGUCUAUUCUAAGUUAAAUUGCGUCUGUUUUGGAAAAUUUUGUUAUGUAACCUUGCGAUAUUUUAAUUUUUCUUAAUUAGGUAGAUGCAUUGUACUGGCUUCUAUUUACUGAUCGUGAAAACCCGUGGUUUUGUUAUCAAUUUAUUUGUAUUGGCGUAUGGUUAAAAUAAUAUUUUAAAUGGGUUAUAAUUUU